UUCAAUGCAUGCGAAUUACGUUUCAGCUACUUGCUUUUGUCAAGGCAAUAGGGAGCUCAAAUUAAGCCGAAUUGUCAGGGUUUGACUCUCAUUGGUAUCAAGGACGUCAAAGCUUUGUCAUCUAGCAGCCAUCAUUCUUUAAACYCGCGCGACGGAUUAUGCCAAGUUCAUUAUUUGCAGUUGAUUUGAUAUGACGAACAACAGAUGAUUGAAGUUUGGGUUCCUUUUAACAUUGAACAUGCUUAUCAACAUUGCAAAGACUCAGACAAUGUACCUACUGCAAAUAUUUAUCAUCGUGACUUUUGUGGAAGGUGUCAAAAUACCAGAAAUACCAGGAUGCGAGAAACCUCUUGGAAUGGAAGAUGGACGAAUCAAGGACGAUCAGAUCACGCAAUCGUCGGUAUACGAGGGCAACGAAAUGAUGUACGGUGGACAGAAUGCCAGGCUCAAUAAACCUGGAGGAUAUCGUAGUAAUCCCAAUUCUACAAGUGCAGUGUGGCUAGAGGUGGACCUAUUAGAGCCGUUUGUUUUUACCAGUAUUGCUACCCAAGGCUAUGGAGAUGACAGCGUUUCUGAAUGGAUGGAAGCUUUCAAUAUAUUCUACGCCGACAGCAACUCCAAAAGCCUUAAAUCAGUAACCAAAUUCGUUCAAAACAAAUUGGUUUUUCGUGGAAACAAUGAUAGGCAUCGAGUCCAAUUGAAUUAUUUGCCUUUYCCUGUGACAGCACAGAGGGUCGUCAUAAUGGCAAAUACAACGGCAAGUCAAGGAAGAAACGUGGCGUUUCGGAUGGAGCUGUAUGGGUGUAAACCAGGUUACUACUUCGUUGCAUGGAUUAUGAUAAGGAAGAAGAGGUUCUAUAUGCAAUUCUUGUAUCCACAUAGGGAAGAGUACCGAGAGCUGGAAGAGGAGGUCCUUUACAAGGUAUCUGAACGUCUAGACCAUGUACGUGGAUUCUUGGCAAUAAAGCUAUCUCGUUUCAGUCCCAAAAAWCGUAAUCAAACCCAGUAUGUGGCUGCUGAACUURAAAUCCAUUGCAUUGAAAGCUUGCAAAGAAACAUCUUGAACGAGMUWAGAAAGUUGCAAAGAACAGAUAACUUCUUCGAUCCAAGCUACUUAUCGGUCAAUUAUCCAAAUAAAAAAGACUGCCUUCCAUCUUCAGUCAACGUUGGAUUAAAUAACAGCAAAUAUCCUUAUACGGCACGUUAUCUAAAGAAUGUAAAAGGAGAGAGUUAUUCAAUAUUGAACAUCACCAGUACAAAAAGAUGCGAUUACRUUUUCGUUAGUUCAGUGUUAGGUUGCUCUAUAACAGSAGUCGACUGGAAAACUGGACUUUUCACGUAUUCUUAUCAUUUGAUAACCUCCAAUAGAACUGUCAAAAUCUGGAAGCUUCCUUUGUGGUUGUAUAGCAGGACGUAUUUUGCCUACUUAGAGUGCUUAUCCUUACUAAAUGCAAAUAAAACACUCGUAGGGGAAACAUACGAUUAUGGUUUUCUUCGGAUUGCGCCGAAAARAAUCCCAUUWAAACUUUAUGUGAAUAUCAAAGGAAGAAACUUUUUCCUAAAAGGAAAUAAGUACAUUUACUUCAAUGCUGAAGGCUCCUACUUUAAAUUACAAGAGUGGAAUGGAUACCACGGUUUUAACUUUACCUGGACGUGUCAAAUUGAUGGGAAAUAUAACAUACCAGUACUAGAUGAUUCAUUGGACAGUCAGCCUGCAGUAUUAGGAACAACCACUAAAUUUUCUCACAUAAAGAUYGAAGUAGAUAAAAUAAUGACUGGCUCUUAUUACACAUUGACAUUAGAAGCGAAGUAUUAUGGGGGAUUGUAUAAGAAGACGAGCAGACGUUUUAGACGCCCCAAGGUGCACAAGGAACCCCUUUUGGARAUAAGGUAA